AUGGCUGUCCAAACCGUGCACCAGCGUAAUGUUGAUACGGUCGAGAGCCUCGACAACGGAUCCUCUGAGCAGAAACGGAAUCGUUACCAUCAAAACAUCGCCUGCAUUCCAUCACCAACGUGGGCAGCGGGUAAUGUCAGCACCAAGCCCAGGGGGAUUGUUGCAGACGCGCUGCUGGCAAGCGGGGUCUUUCACGCUGUUGCUGUUGCUGCUCCAAACCUAUCGAAUCUUCGAAGGCUGGCCUCCACAACAAGCGCAGGGACAUAUUUGAUCGUGCCAUUGCCAGCUAGAGGACAGCAGAACAUCGGCGCCAUGUCGUCAGGAUCAGCUUCGGCGCCUGCGAAUUCGAGCGAGAGGCCGCAAUCGCAGCAGCAACAGCAGAGAGCGCUCAGUGGCGCGGACGAGAUGUCAGCAGCGCCAGCGACGGGCGUGUCCCGCGUGCAACAACUCACUUUCAAUGCUCAGCGCCAACAGGCCUAUCAGGAGCUUUCUUUCAACGACGGUGCGACGCCGUCUAUCGGAAUCCACACAGCACGAACGCAGGAAACCUCGCCUGCUGCGGGUGUCCUCCUGCCUUCCAGUCAAAACUCCGCCACGAAUCCACUGCCUGGCUUGCUCCAGCUGGGUGGGUCCUCCCGAUCUGUGGUGCCUUCUUCUUACAUCGCGCCUACGACGGUGCCGACAAUGUCUGCGCAAGGACUACCUGGUAAUGCUUCACCAUACACACUAUCUCAACCGCCAUCGAGGACACAAACACUACACAGUCAUUCGCGUAGCAGCCCCGCCGGAAUGGACAGCUCACAAAAGUACAUUCCCUUCAACCAAACUCCGAAUCAGACGCCAGUCACAUCUAACCCAAAAGCAUUCAAUCUUUCCAAUGCACAUUCACCAGCAGCUGGCCCGGCGCAGAGCCCCUUGAAUCUGACGGAUAUCCGAUCGAGGGCAAUAUCGGACGCGAAUGAUGGCGUGCAAGGCAGCGCGUUCUUCAGCUACUCGGAUACGGCCACAAACUCGAACUAUCUAGCCCCCUUCCCGACAUAUGCUUUCGAUUGGUGUAAAUGGCCUGUCAUGGGCGGCAAUAGCGCUGGCAGAAUGGCGAUCGGGAGCUAUUUGGAGGAUCCGCAUAACUUCAUACAGAUUUUGGAUACACACAUCAAGCCACAGGACCAGGGUCAGGCCGGGUAUGGUCUGGAAUAUACAAAGUUUGCCGAAGCAACUUGUGCCUAUCCAGUCACUCGGAUACUAUGGGAGCCACCGAGCUCGCAAAAGUCGGGAACAGAUCUAUUGGCAACGAGCGGAGACCAUCUCAGGCUGUGGAGUCUGCCUUCGCCAGCUACACCUCAGCACGCCAGCAAUAACAUCAACCGCAGCGCGCAUGCAAACACAAGGGAUGCGGCGCCUCUGAAGCUUGCGCCAUUGGCUCUUUUAUCUAACAGUAAGACCCCCGAACAUACUGCGCCUUUAACUUCUCUGGACUGGAACACCCUAUCACCCAAAUUAAUAAUCACAUCUUCUAUUGAUACGACCUGUACUAUAUGGGACAUCCCAACAUUGACAGCUAAGACUCAACUUAUUGCGCACGACAAGGAGGUUUUCGAUGUCCGUUUCUGUGCAGGCUCUGUGGACGUGUUUGUCUCCUGUGGAGCCGAUGGAAGUGUGCGAAUGUUCGACCUACGGAGCUUGGAACAUUCUACCAUCAUUUACGAGCCAGCUGAUAAAUCCGACAAAUCUUCAUCUCCCGGUUCAUCGUCACCCACCAAAAGCGGCGGACACACCCUGAGCGCAGCACCACCUCUGCUUCGCCUGGCAGCCUCGCCGCACGACUCGCAUCUUCUCGCCACAUUCGCUUCUGACAGCAAUCUCAUCCGAAUUCUCGACGUUCGACAACCCGGCACUGCGAUGCUUGAACUUCACGGUCAUCAAGGAAACCUCAAUAGCAUCGAGUGGAACCCCAAUCGACGAGGCAUGCUUGCGUCUGGCGGUGACGAUAGCCUGGUACUGGUGUGGGAUCUUCUCAACUCACAAAACCAAGCCGCUGUGCCCUCAGCGAAUGGUGGCCCGGGUCCAGUCCCUGGCGCGGCUACGCCUGGCGAAGUGCAGAAGAAAGGUCCAUUCGUGUCGUGGAAGUGCGAGUACGAAGUCGCAAAUCUCUCAUGGGCGCCGCAGAGUCCACUCAGCACGCAAGGUGGGGACUGGCUUGGUGUUUGUGCAGGCCGGGGUGUUUGGGGUGUUCGGUUGUAG